AGGCGCACAGUGCGCGGCUAGUAUAUAGCAGGCGAUGUUUGAAUACGAAAAGUGCGGAUGGCCUCUCCCUUCGUUUCCAAUCUUGCAUUAUGGCUAUUCGUCAGGAGCAAGCCAGACAGAGAUAGAACUCCGCGACACCGGAGACUACUGGGUUGGAUCGUCCGCUGACAACUCUCGUCCCCAACCUCCGCUCCCCGCCGGCAAUGCUGGCUUCAGUGCAUAAGGUAUGGAGACAAAUGGGUCAUCAAACUCAAGAAUUGUUUCACAUGCAGAAAGACGGGCACAAUUACUCCCUCAAUGUCCCUUGCCAGCCAUUUCCCCAAUCCAUGCUGGUUAUUACUCCAAGAACAUAUUAGGAUCAAAUUGUAUUCCUAACUACGUGGAGGGAUGCAGCCCCCUUCAACGUACGUCUUCUGAGAAUUUUCUUACAGAGGAGCAACCAUUUUGGUUUGAUGAACUCCUUAAUGAGCCAGAAACACCUCUGCACAGAGGUCAUCGGCGUUCUUCAAGUGACUCAUUUGCAUACUUAAAUACAGAAGCCAAGACAUCUAACACAGAGGAAGAACACAAAUUUACACAUAUUAUUGCUGAACCUUCCUGGGUAUCCCAGAACUUUGAUCAUUACAAAGAUCUGCAGCCCUUCAACCCAAAGUCAAGCUCUGUUAAUAAGCCAAAGAAUAGGGUGUGCAAAUCUUCCUUGAAUAUUGCACCACACUCAACUGGAUUUCCAUAUGAAAGAAAUGGAUUUUCUCUUCAAGAUUCAGGAUUGUCAUGUGCUUCACAGGAACCAGAUGGGAUAACAUCUACGGAUGCAGGAAAGCAAGAACAAGCACGAUCCAGUCUACAUAUUCUAGAAUGUUCUUCUGAAAAAAAUGAUUCAAAGCCUUCUAUGACUGGGACUGAUCCAAAACGUGCUAAACAGCAAUUUGCUCAUCGGUCACGAGUGAGAAAGCUUCAAUACAUAGCUGAGCUUGAAAGAUAUGUCCAUGUCUUAAAGGCACAAGGAUUUGUAGUUUCAGCUGAGCUGGAAUUUCUUGACCAGCAGAAUCUUAUAUUGGGCAUGGAGAACACAGCCCUGAAACAACGGUUGGACAAUUUGACUCAAGAGCAACUUAUAAAAUACUUGGAGAGGGAUAUGUUAGAGAAAGAAAUCGGAAGACUUCAAAACCUGUACCAGCAGCAGCAGUUGCCACAGCAGCAGCAUUGUACUCAUCGGCAAGCCAAGAUUCAGGACUUAAGUUCCCAAUGUGCUAAUCUACCCAUAAAACAUGAGGAAGCCAGUUCCAGUGGCAUGCAAUCGGUAACUAACUAAAUCCAAAACUGUUGAUGACCAUUAAGAGCGAUGUCAUUAUGCUCUACAUCCUUCUCCACAUUAUUGAAUUAAGAUUUUUUUUUUUUUUUUCUGGAUAUACUGGGGCCAAUCAGGGCCUUGAUGUUAUUGGAGCCGCCUGCCUCAUUUUGUGCAUGGUUGUUUUGGCAUGUUCAGUACAUGUUGGUUGGUUGGUUGUUUCUGUAAAAUCCCAACUUGCUGAGAUGAGUUUGCCAGAUGUGGUAACUGGGGUCUUGUAUUUCUUUGUAAUGUUUUAGUGUCUUUGUAAAGCUAGUAUUUAUACCUCAUCAGAUUGCACCUUGGGGCUUCUGGCUUGUAUCUGAUUGCAGUCAUUCAUUAUAUACAUUUUUUGAACAUAAUGGUUAAUUGGGAAUUCAGCAAUCAGUGGAUGAAUCAUUGGUUGACAAAUUGUACAAAA